AUGGGGCCGACUGAGGAGAACUUGGCGCUUGUGCGCCGGAUGUCCUUCUUCUGGGAACCGCACAUGGCCGUUCCUGUCAUUCAGUGGCUGCGUUCUCAGCAGUUGCUGGAAGAGAGUAGCUCCGACGCUCUGUUAGAGUCCAUCCUACCGAAGACCCCAGAGGGUAUUGCCCAGCGUUUGCGGGAACUCGUACAGCAGCAGGGAGGAAAAGCAGAGGAGCCCGAGGAGCAGCUGCAGCAGUGGGAGCAGCAGAGUGCUGCCUUGGAAGAAGCGCUGCAGGCGUUCAAAGGGGAACAACAGAGGAAGAUAGGAAACCAACUAGAGAGAAAAAGACUUCGAGAUAUCCUGCAAUGGCAUUACCAGAACAGGGAGGAGGGUAGCACGACUCCGAAUUUGGCGGAGAUCCCGCGGGUGGAGAUGGUGCCUGUGCGUCUGGCCCGCGUGGCCUUUUCCUUGGGGGACUACAAGAAGGCGCUGCACCACUUGGACUUCUACCUCAACACACUCUCCGAGCUUACCAGUGACAGUGGCGACAUGCAGACCCCCGUGUCGUGUGUUUGGGGCAUUUGCUGCUGCAUUUUGCUGUUGACGCUUUCUGAGCCCGCUGGAGAUAUUCCGAAGGGCCAGCAGUCCAAUGCAGAGAGCGAGGAAGCGCUUUUGCAGCAGCUCCAGGACGGAGAGGACGGAAAGGACAAGGCCCUUGGCGCAAUAGAAGCCCACGGUGUUAGUUUCUUUCCUCUCUUGCUGCUGCUUCUGACGCUUGUUCCGUUUCUCCCACCAGUGAAGCUGCCGCUGCUGCAGGACAAGGGUCAUCAGCUGCGGCCGAUGGGAGCAAACGGGAAUUCCAUAGUUGCUGCGGCUGCUGUGGUGUUGGUCCUGCAGGCUGCACGGUGCAUCCUGCGUCUUGCUGAAAUUUUGGAUCAGUCCCAGGCGGCCGCAUUAAAGGCAGCGGCGGGUAUAGGGCCGGAGACUCCGUUGAGCAAGAUAUUUUCCCGGGAGCAGCAGCUGCAACAAAGGGCGUGGCUCCUGCACUGGGCUAUGUGGCUUCUGCUGCGUUACUUCCUCCUCCUGACAUACGCCAAAGGACAGUCCUGCCGAAACCAGGCUUGGUCGGCACUCCUGGAUUGGGUCGUUCAGGAGCGGAACCUCACAUGCGUGCACUUGCUUUGUCCUCACUUGCUGCGGUACUACGCCGUUUACGCCAUAAUGAAUCGCAAGAGGAAAGACCACUUUCAGGCCAUUGUGGGGGCCAUUGGCCACACAAAAAAUAAAUACACGGACGCCUUCACAUCGCUGCUGGAGGCUCUUUUCCUUGACUUCAACUUUGACGAGGCGCAGAAGCACAUCACCAGCAUCUCAGAAUUGUGUGAGACGGACUUCUUCCUGGAGCCGCUGAAGGGCGCAGUAAACGAACACGCUCGUCUGCUCAUCUUCGAGACAUACUGCCGCAUCCACAAGCGAAUUAAUGUCGAGAUGAUCGCCAAGAAGGUCAACAUGGUGCCUGAGGCUGCAGAACGCUGGAUUGUCAAUCUUAUUCUUCAUGCGAGGCUGGAGGCGCGCAUCGACAGCGAAAAAAAUCGUGUACAGAUGGCAGGGGCCCCCCCUAGUCUGUACCAGUUGGUGACUGACAAGACCCGCAACUUGGGCAUGCGCACGAGUUUGCUUAUUCAGAACCUUGGGAGGCCCGGCUACAACAAAGAUGAGGAGUCCAAUGCAGUCCGAGGUGCGUGGUUCUUGUUUCAUAUUCUUAUUCGGUCCUUAGCCUUUGUGACUUCGGCGUCGGUCUUGCAGGGGGUGGCAGAGGCAGAGGAAGAGGCCGCGGAUGGGUUCGAGGUGGAGGAGAUGCGGGCAGGGACGGGUUCUACAGGGGCCAGGAGUCAUCCAGCGUGGUUACGUCGGGGUUUAACUUCAGAGGCGGUCGAGGGGCCUUUAGAGGAGCUUCGCAAGGGGGCCUCGAGACCCGCAAGAUAUCGCCCCUGA